GGCUUAUCAUAAGAGGUGAGGCUUGUAUGUUAAUGUGGUAGGACAAGAGGUUGGGCUUAUUUGAGUGGAGAGGGUCUAGUUUAGUGGGCGUGGUUUGUUAUUAAAGAGGGUGUGGUUCUGGUUUAGUAGGUGGUACUUUUUUUAAUUUAUAGACAAUGGAUGUGGCUUUGCUUCUUGGGAGUGGGGCUUAUCUCUGAAAGCUGGUGGGUAAGGGUGUGGCUUGUUGUUUGAGAGGGUGGGGUUUCCAGUUAACUGGUCUCAUAACGGACAGGCGUGUGUUCUUUUGUUAGUAGGAGCUGGAAUUUAAAGAGUGUAGCAUGUUUUUUUAUACAAUAAACUGUGACUUCCUUGCAUACUGUUGUAGUUUCUCUGAAGGCAAUCUAAGGCAAAACCACAAGGAUUAAAAUAACCAGUCUGACUCUGAAACUACAAACUGCGUGUGUGUAUCUGUAGCUGUUCCAAAUAUGCAAUUCAGCGUAGAUGCGAUUGUGAUGAUAACUGCUGAUACCAGCCCAGUCUCGUUGCAUCUCUCCUGUUUAGUCUGAACAAAAUGCAGUUCCAGAUAUCUUGUUCUAAAAUGAGAAUAGACGUGUGCUGCAGCAUGUGCCUCUUUCAAAAGUGCAUGUCUGAGACGGUGUAGUGAAUGGAAGAGCACCGCAGGGAGGAUCAUUCGAAUGCUUCUGUUUGUUACAAUCCCUUUAUCUACACAACAAGCUCUUCAAAUAGGGCACUCUGUGGUUAGCUCCCCGCUUCAUUCUUCUCACCUCCUCUGCUUCUGCUUGGAAACACAUUGACAAUCAUUAAAAACAAUUCAAAACUACUGACCCCAAUUUGCUGGCUCAGGGAUCCAAGACACAGGAAUCUCCCAGUGCCGGAAAUAUGUAAACAAGUGACUGCUCCAGCCUCGCUGUGCGUCUGUCCCUCUGAGCCAAUGACACGCCAGCUCGGAAGCUGAAGGCCCAAUCGGAUUCAAUGUGUCGCAGAGUUUAAAAACGCUGGGAGUCUCUGUGCAAACAGAAGAAACACCAGUGUUCAACUCGCAAGAGGCAAAGCUUCUUUCCUGUCGUCAUCCCUCCUGCUGGCUCCCGAUUGACUGACAUGCUUUGCAGCUUUGCCAUGACCCUGAAGACACUGCUGGAGGGAAAUUACCUGGGAAGUGGAACAGCCCUUAAAGAGGUUUCUCCAGUGAAAGCAUAGCAAACUGUAAUACGCCAUAGAUGAAGUUGAGCGCACUCCACUUGUACACCUUACUGGCUUCCUUCAGCCUCUGCAUCAUCGCUGCAUCCGGCUCCCAAGACCUCCCGCGUUACCUUCUCAACUCCAACCCAGACCCAGCUUCUCCAUCUCAGAGCUUGGAGACUGGGCUACUCCAACAGCAGGCUUCACCAGUCCCCAACGCAUUGCCAUGGAGACUGAGGCCUAGCAACCUGGAGGACCUGGCGAAGCCUGGGCUCAGGGUUUCAGAGAGAGCCUGGGAAGGGGGGAGGAUGACAGGAGCCCCGGAGCGCUCAGCCAAGCUUAUCCUGAGAAAGACUGAAGAGGAGGAGGAGAAAAGGGAAACCUGGGGGGAGCAGGAAGGGGAGGAGAAUGAGAGGAACCAAGCCCUGACCUCCAUCGCAGGCGGACUGCAGUCUUUCAACAGGCAGAAGGGAGGGUUCGGGUUCCGAUUUGGGAAGAAGCGAGCAGACUGAGGUUAAAAUAAAA